AUGCGGGAAUCCACUAAUAAGGCUGAGGAUGUGGCGGCCGCAGGGGCCUCAUUACUUGCUCAGUAUCCUCCACGGAAAGGCAGGAUGAUCCUCGAUAACAUUGUGACACUCUGUAAAUAUAGAGAUGCGGAGGCUGUUUUAAACAUAAUCUACAGACAAGUAAGCCCAGUGGAUACUCCAUGGCCUGUUCUACAGUGUCCAUCUGCGGCGACGCAAUGGCUUUCUGCAACUCCUCAUUAUUUUAUAGCAUUUGAGUAUAACCGAAUGGGAGACAGUUAUCGUUGUCCACUCUGUAAUAAAUACGUUUCUGGCGAUAAGUUUGUUAGUUUUCCUCUUGGGAGUUCAGGAUUGCUUCGCCAAAUGGAGUCAGCUGCAAAUCGUGUUUUUGUAGAAUAUGCCGAACUCUAUUACGGAAAAGAAUCAACGGCUUCAGUGUACACAUGGGAAUGUGACCCGGCCAACACAGAAAGCAAGAUGGGCCUUGCCGUGAUGAUAAAGCACCGUGCCAAAUCCCCAAAUGGCAAUCGUCCAGGUCAUUUCUCUUUACGCGAAAAGCGUGGCGUUUGGCAAAGUGCUCAUGUGGGUAUUGUGGACAUUUCAUCCGGCGCAUAUUAUUUUCAGAGUUCAUUUUAUAUGGAUGCGUUUGUCCCACUUGGCUCAUUGCCAAAUAAACCAGAUGCUGUGGGAAGGUUCAACGGGAGUGUUGCUUCGAGACUGUUUAGCUUUGAGUCUCGUGAGGCGAUUGCCACGCCAGACCUUGACGGCCUGAUAGCCUCCAUUGGGGAGCAGGUGCAGUUGACGGAAAACAGUUUUUACGGCCGUCUUUUUGAGAUUUAUUUUAGCAAGGCGCAGUUUGUUGCAGAGGGCAUGCGGGUCAUUCCCCAAUCAACGUUGUUUUUACCACCCCAAAGCCGCUGGAAGGAACAACCUGCAGCAUCCAGGGUAACUGAGGAGAGUUCACAACAGGCAGAUGUUCACGUUAUCGGGCAAACAUCUGACACAAAUGCGAUGACGCACUCUGGAGCUGUACGACUGGAUUACCAGUUCGCUGAAGGGAGCGAGGAAAUAGCGUCACCUUUGCCGAGGGGAAAGGAGAGCACCGUCGUCGAUGACUGGAAAGAGGCGUACGACGAUGAUGGAAACCGUUAUUACUACAACGAAGUCACUGGAGAAACCGCAUGGGAAAAGCCAGAUGUGGGAAAACUUGUCUUGGAUAUAUUACGGAAUUUACACUUAAUGCACUCGCCGGACAAAUACUACCGGCGACUAAAGAAAUACUUUAGGCAGUACGAAACGGAACUCAACAUCGAUACCUUUUAUUCACUGACGAAUGAAGACCAGAUGCUUGAGCUCGAUGACGGUUCAACGAUGACUGCGUUGGAGUAUAUCGUCCCUGCCUACGGUGACAGGCGAAAGAUUGAAGUGUAUAUUGCACAGAAUGCUAGAAAAGAUGCAUGA